CUGUUGGGAGGGAAGGGAAGGGAGGCCAUUUCAGCUGGCGCCGGGAAGGGAGAGGGACGCUUGGCAGCAAGCUGCGCUUCCUGACGGCGGUGCCGGACACGCAAGGGCAGGGUUGUGGCGCUUCUCUCGGUUCGGCUUGAGUUUCCCGGCUAAUUCCACCCCCCCAGUUUUGCGAACAUGGCAGGGCUGAGCAGUGGCCCCUCCAGCUUCGGGCGGUGCAGCCACGCCGUGGUGCGGGCGCUGCCAGAGUCGCUGUGCCAGCAGGCGCUGAGGCGGGAGAAGGCGAAAGAGGUGGACUUCGCGCGCGCCGAGCGGGAGCAUCAGCUCUACGUGGGGGUGCUGAAGAACAAGCUGGGGCUGCAGGUGUUGGAGCUGCCCGGCGACGAGAGCUUGCCCGACUGCGUCUUUGUGGAAGAUGUUGUCGUGGUGUGCGAAGAGACCGCUCUUCUCACGCGCCCGGGGGCGCCCAGCAGGAGGAAAGAGGUUGAAGCAAUGAAAACAGCACUUAACAGUCUUAGCCUGAAUAUUGUAGAGAUGACAGAUGACCAGGCAACCUUAGAUGGAGGAGAUGUUUUAUUUACAGGACGGGAAUUUUUCGUGGGUCUUUCAAAACGGACCAACCAUCGUGGUGCAGAAAUUUUGGCAGACACCUUUAAGGAUUAUGCUGUUUCUACAGUCCCUGUUGCUGACUCCUUGCAUCUGAAAAGCUUUUGCAGCAUGGCUGGACCAAACCUCAUUGCUAUUGGUUCAAGUGAAAUUGCGCAGAAAGCCCUCAAGACAAUGCAACAGAUGAGCGACCAUCGUUAUGACAAACUUACAGUUCCUGAUGAUGCAGCAGCAAACUGUGUGUAUUUAAACAUUCCUGGCAAAGGUCAUGUUUUGUUGCAUCGAGCACCUGAGGAGUAUCCAGAAAGUUCAAAGGUAUUUGAAAAACUGAAGGACCACAUGUUGAUCCCUAUAGCAAACACCGAGCUAGAAAAAGUAGAUGGAGCACUCACUUGCUGUUCGGUCCUUAUUAAUAAAUCUUCACAAUUAUGAGUUUACAGAUUUCCUUCCUUGUAUAUGGCAAUAAUGUACAUGAAAGGCAAAUGAAUCUGUAUUUCACUUGUAUUGGUUUUCUUGACAAUCUACUGUAACACUGUGCUACUGAUCUUUGUUUACAAUGGUGCCCCUUCACUCGUAAUUAAGGUGCGUGUAUAAGCUUUUUCCUGACAUAUAAAGAUUUGAAGCAUGUUUGUCUGGAUUUCCCUCCAAAAAAUGUUAUGAAAAUUAAUGGUUUAUGUAGUAGAUGUAAAAUGAUCUCAGAAGCAGAAGUAGGGGCCACUUCUAGCAUCACUUUUGACUCGGGCACAACAACAACUAGAUGCAUAUCUACUAUGCCGAACAUUCCUAUAUCCUAGGACUUGAGUUUAAAAUCAAGUCAUUGAAGACAUAUGGCCAAAUGCCAUACAAAAUGUAAUACUGGACUUCCUUGCAAUCCGUUUUUUGAAUUUGUCAUCAACGAAUUAUUUCCACCGCAGAGUAAACAAUAAACACUUGUUUUUGUAUUCCUAGUAAUUUUGUCACAGGAACUUUAUAAUGCUCCCUGGAGUGUUUAUCCACUCCUUUUCCACUGCUCUGCGUAAAUUCCAGGAUUGACAUUGAUAAGUCAUUAAAUAGUUACCAGCUGUAAAAGGCAUAAAAGUGGAAAAUUACAAGUGCUUACAAUCACAGUAGUUAAGUCUUCAAAUAUGGGCUAUUAGGAAGAUAAGGGCUGAGAGACGUAUCUCUUCAUGCAUUUAUUCUUAUGUCAUCUCAAAUAAUUUAUUUUCCUUGCUUUGGGGAAGUUAAUUGUAAUUAGAUUAGAACAUGAGAGGGAAAUCUGCACUGGGUAGGAUAAUGCCCAUAUUAUAUAUGUGUUUAUUUAACAAAAGUAAGGCAUCUGUUUAAAUAGAACAGCCUCAUAUAUUGUUGUUGAAAGUAGCUUGAGUACUUAACAUUGAUCCAAACAUGUCUUAGAAAAUACUGAAGGAUUUUAGAAGUAAUACUGGAAUUGGCCCAGUUUUAAUCUAGUCCGACCUUUCAUCACCCUUCUCUUUAGAGUUCUAAGUUAUAGAUAAUCAAAAGGAAAUUCAGUAACUCUUCCUUUAGUAACAACCGUAGUAUAAAACAUAUUAUAAUUAUCGUAGAAAAUUAUUUUCCUUUUAGUGCCUUGGAAGAAAACUGUGAAUGAAAUUAAUUACAAAGUGUAGGUGGAUUACUAUGAGGGUUUGAAUCAGUUGUGUGUCCAAAAUGCUGAUUUGUUUAUUUGCACUUUUUUAUUUCAGUAGAUAUUCAGGUUGUUCACGAGUUAAAACUUCUACAUAUUUUAAAGUUUUGAUUCACAAAGUUUUAACAAAUUAAUAAAACACUUUAUUUUACUGCCGCCUCUCAUAUUGUACUUUCACGCAAGUACUUGUUGUUAUGCUUUUAAAUAUUCAUUUGAUCAUCAGAGUUCUUUUCUAUUCAAACUCAAAUGCUGAACUUUCUGAAAAACAUAAACAAGACAUGGCAGGGGAUCUUAGAUUCUUCCAGAUAUUCUACUGUGAGAUAUGCUCUGUCUCAUUUAUAACAUUUCAUGUGGGGCAGAAGGACUCUGAUGAUUUUGCCUUUUACUUGUAAAUCUCCUAUGGAUUCCUGCUGCUAAUUUCAUUUAUAUUGUUUCUGAGAGGGGGAAAAAACUAAGAAAAGAGAGAACUACAAAAUGUACUUGGGUCCUGUUGUUUCCCUGUAGUAUAUUGUAUAUCCGUGACUUCCAAGAGACCCUGAUUACUAUUAUGUCUAAGUAUUCAUGUUGUGCCUGGAAAUGGAUAUUGAAUUGAAUUGAAUUUAUUAUAUUUCUAUGCCGCCCUUUUCCCCGAAGGGGACUCAGGGUGGCUCACAACCCAAGUCAAGGGGGGAGGGUGCAAAUAAGGAAUAAAAAAGACGAACGAAACAAUACCACCUUUAUUUAAACUGUAAUUCAGUUGGAAGAAAUGUUUAUUUUGGCAAAUUCUGCCAACAUACUUAAGCAGUCCGCUGUUAAAUUUUAAGUGUUUAUAUAUAUAUAUAUAUAUAAAGUAGUAUUCUCGGGAAACCUAUUCAAUCGUUUUAACAAUGAUGAGAUUGAACAAAAUAAUUUUUCUUCAAAAUUUGCCAUUGCCUUUAUCAGUUUCCUGAUAAUACUCCAUUUUGGGCACUACUUCUGGUAACUGGCUAAUGUACACUGGCUAAUAUUACAAACUUAAAAUAAUCAAUUACAUUAAAACUAUGGUUGAAAUUAUUUAUAUGUAAGAAACAUAGGAAAACAUAUGUAGAAUCCAGGAAAUGCAACAUGAGGAAUGUCAUAUGUAACCUUAUCUUUUAGCUGGAUUAAUUAUACUUAAAAACUCUAAUUAUUCUUCUUACCCUUCCUUUCUUUAAUAAUAUUUUCCCCUAAAAUGAAAAAUUAUUUAUUUUCUUGGCAUGUUCUUAUUUUAUUUCCCUAAAAUGGUCACAUUCUUAUUUUAUUCCACUGAAAACUGCAUAAUGAUUUUAUACAAAAUUUGCUUAUUGAAUAAUAGAAGAAACACUUUGUCUUCUUAAUGGCUAGUUUGGAAAUAUUUAAAAAUGUAAUAGGUAUUUAAUUGGAAGAUGAGGGUUUUGUUUCACCAUGGGGAUUUCAAUACAUAACAGAAAAUAAUAGAAAUGUUUUAGAGAUAUCGUGAAAAGUCUUGCAAAGUAACAAUAAUGGUUGCGUGUAUUCACUUCUUAAGUCUUCAGUAGUUGCUCAUAUUUAUUAGCUAAUGUCACAGCCCAAAGAAUAUAUGUUCUGCUUUGUUUUUACAUCACUUAACAUUAAUCAGGAAUGUUAAAACUAAUUUUAGUUGGCCACCUUUCAAUGAAAUAAAGCCAGAAAAUACUUGGUAAAAAUGGUUUUACAUUUUGCUUUGUUUUGUGACUGCUGUGACAACUGCAUUCUCAGUAGACUUACACCAAGCAUACUUUUUCUACCUGAAGUGUUGUAAAUUGUGUCAUAGACUGCUUGUGUGUCAGACAUUUUUUUGAUUAAUUUUAUGUGCUAAAUGGAUUCUACCCUAUUCUAAAUAUCCAUAAUUAUG